CUCUCUCUCUCUCUCUCUCUCUCUCUCUCUCUCUCUCUCUCUCUCUCUCUCUCUCUCUCUCUCAAACGAGAAAAGAAAAGUGGGAAGCGGGAUAGCUCAAUCUCUCCUUUCUCCUCCCCCAUACAUCUCUCUCUCUCUCUCUCUCUCUCUCUCUCUCUCUCGCGUUUAAACACACAUAUAUACUUCAGAUAUAUCAGUAGGAUGUGCAAACCUAGCCUGCUUGUCUAACUUAUUAGCCACCACUGCUGCAAACUUUACCUGUUGCUCUUAUCCCUCCUUAAUUCUUCCUUCUCCUCUUCUUCCUGGUUGCUGGUAGACUACUGUUCUUCACACGGCGAGGCGAGCCGGCGGCGGCGACUGGUCAGAAGGAAUGUCAUCCCAGAUCGCGUUGGCAGAUCAUGUUUGCUAUGUCCACUGCAGCUUCUGCAACACAGUUCUCGCGGUGAGUGUGCCGGGGAACAGCAUGCUCAACAUGGUGACAGUUCGGUGUGGACACUGCACAAACCUACUGUCAGUGAACUUGAGAGGACUGAUGCACUCACUCCCAGAACAAGAUCAUCCUCUCCAGAACAUCAAGGUCCAUAGCAUCAAUGGCGCCUCGCGUGACCAAUACAGCCAGCUGGAGUUUGGUUCUUCGUCGUCGAAAUUCCUUCUGCCUAUGAUGUACUCGGCACAAAAUGAUCACCUGCAGGAACAAGCGCUAAAUGCUCGUCCUCCGGAGAAGAGGCAACGGGUUCCUUCGGCAUAUAACAGAUUCAUCAAGGAAGAGAUACGAAGGAUCAAAGCUAACAAACCCGACAUUAGCCACAGGGAAGCCUUCAGCACAGCAGCCAAGAACUGGGCACAUUAUCCAAACAUCCAUUUUGGGAUAAGCCCAGAUCGAGAGGGUGGCAAGAAGCUCGUUGAUGAGACUGUCGCCGCUGCGCCGGCUACUAAGAAGAUCCAAGGUUUCUACUGAUAUAUGAGCAGUCCAGCGGCACAUGGGUGCAAGAGAUUAAUACCACAAAUAUACUGUGAGUAAGAAUGAAGCAAACAAAGGAAUUUAAGUUAUUGAAUUUAUUACUCCGUUCAUGAGUGAAAAGCUUGCGAAGAUGUAAGUACAUAGUAGCGAGUAACAAGUGGGAAGUGAAACAUAUAUACAAACAUGAAUUGCUACUAGAGCCUCGAUGGAACAAUACGAUCGGUGACUCGAUAAUCAUUUGACCA